GUGCGUUUAGUCUCAGUGAAAACAUCUGAGUUAUAUUUGUACCGCAUUCUAUAAAAUUUCCAAAGAAAAUUCAGUGAAAAUGUGGUUGCGUCGACGUUUAUUGCCACCAAAAUCGUAUAUUCGAUUGUUUUCAUCCCAAGCUGAAGCCAGUGUGAAAUUGGACAAUUUUCGUACGCUGGAAUCAAAUCCAACCAAUCACACUGAAGCUCACCUCAAUCGUUUUUAUACAAUCGAUCCAAUUUUGCGAAAAACCACUCUCUACAAAAAAUCAAUGCCAAAACAAUUCUUCGAAGGUAUCAAACCCUUUGCAGAGAUGUGUUUAAUGGUUCGUGAGCCAGCUGUCGAAGUGAUUGGAUAUUUAAAUAAAACUGACUACAAAAGGCCCGUCAAUCGCUUUGUAUUCUACGGUGAACUCGGUUGUGGUAAAUCAUUGCAAUUGCUUCAUUUAAUUCACUAUGGACAAGUGAAUGAUUUUAUAAUUGUGCAUGUACCGUGGGUUCCGUAUUGGUAUAAAGUGCCGAAAGAAAGAUCCAAUUCGGAAACAAGGGACGGUUUUCUAGAUGUUAACAUCGAUGCUGCCGAAUGGUUGUUACAUUUUAAAACUCAAAAUGCCGCUUUAUUACAAAAAUUGGAUUUGAAAUGUUCAAAAGAGUAUGUAUGGUCAGAACAUGAGACAACGCCAGCUGGUGCAACGCUUUUGGAAUUGAUCGAACAUGGAAUAAGUCGUAUUAGAUUCGCAACAGACACCAUUAACGUGCUUGUGGAAGAAUUGAAACAACAAUCAACCGCUGGAAAUUGCCGAACCAUGGUUGCAAUUGACGGAUUCAAUGCAUUUUUCCAUCCAAAAACCCUAAUAAAAUUUGAUAACAGAGUUAAAGCAACACCAGAAAAUAUUACAAUCACCCAGCCAUUUUUGAGCUUAGCACAAUCGGACUGGAGCGGCGGAGUGUGUUUGUUAGUUGCUGAUAAAUGGGCUCUCACUAAAGAACGAAUGGAAUCAGAUUUUCCGAAAUACUUGUUGCAUCGCAAAGGCUUUGAAUUUCUUGAUCCAUUCGUACCGAUACACGUCGAUUUGUACAAUGAUCAAGAAUUCGACAGCGUAAUUAGCUAUUAUUUAGAUCGAAAGUGGAUUCAAAACUACACACCAGGCAUGGAAAAAGAACUCAAAUUCAUUUCCGGUGGAAACGGUUAUAAGCUAAGAGGAAUCACAGCACCGUUGUAAACAAAAUACUUUAAAUUUAUACCAAUCCAAUUUUUAUUUUAUUUUUAUUAGAAUUAUUUACAUUGGAAAACUAGCUUACAAUAAAAAUAUGAA